GGGGAGCAGCGAGGCCCUGAGACGCCCAACGGUGCGGCGGACCCCGCUGGCUGCACCUCGUCCCCACUUCCCGGGCGGCCCUCAUGGCGCUGCUCCGACGCCCGACGGUGUCCAAUGAUUUGAAGAAUAUUGACACAGGACUUAAUUCGAAAGCUAAGAGCCAUGUGACUAUCCGGCGGGCAGUUUUAGAAGAAAUUGGAAAUAAAGUUAGAACCAGAACCACAACCACCCAAGUGGAUAAGGUAAUAAAGAAACCUCAAAACAUCAAAGUACCAGUUCAGCCCACCAAAGUGACAAAUGUCAACAAACAGCCGAAACCUACAGCUUCUGUGAAACCAGUACAGAUGGAGGCGCUGGCUCCGAAGGUACAGGAUCCUUUGCCCGUCCCUGAAGAUGUCUCCAUGAAGGAGGAGAGCCUCUGCCAAGCGUUCUCUGAUGCUCUGCUCUGCAAGAUUGAGGAUAUAGACAACGAGGACGGAGAGAACCCUCAGCUCUGCAGCGACUACGUGAAGGACAUCUACCAGUACCUUAGGCAGCUUGAGGUUUUGCAGUCCAUCAACCCACACUUCUUAGAUGGAAGAGAUAUAAAUGGACGUAUGCGGGCCAUCCUGGUGGACUGGCUGGUCCAAGUCCAUUCCAAGUUCCGGCUUUUGCAGGAAACACUCUACAUGUGCAUCGCCAUCAUGGACCGGUUCCUGCAGGCUCAGCCGGUCUGCCGGAAGAAGCUGCAGCUAGUUGGGAUCACAGCUCUGCUCUUGGCUUCCAAAUAUGAGGAAAUGUUUUCUCCAAAUAUUGAAGACUUUGUUUACAUCACAGACAAUGCUUACACCAGUUCCCAAAUCCGAGAAAUGGAGACUUUGAUUUUGAAGGAGCUGAAAUUUGAGUUGGGCCGGCCUUUGCCACUCCACUUCCUAAGACGGGCCUCAAAAGCCGGGGAGGUCGACGUGGAGCAACACACGUUAGCCAAGUACCUGAUGGAGCUGACGCUCGCGGACUACGACAUGGCGCACUACCACCCCUCCCAGGUCGCAGCCGCCGCUUCCUGUUUGUCGCAGAAGGUGCUGGGCCAAGGAAAAUGGAACUUAAAGCAGCAGUACUACACGGGAUACAUGGAGAGUGAAGUCCUGGAAGUCAUGCAGCACAUGGCCAAGAACGUGGUGAAAGUCAACGAAAACCUCACAAAGUUCAUCGCGGUCAAGAACAAGUACGCCAGCAGCAGACUGCUGAAGAUCAGCACGAUCCCUCAGCUGAACUCCACAACCAUCAAAGACCUGGCCUCCCCUCUGCUGGGCAGGCCCUAGGCAGUCGGGCUUCCGCCCUGCUCUUCUCGGAUUUUGUACAUACUUUAGUUUACUUCACCAGAUCUCUUCUCAGCCUAAUUUUCUAAUUGUGUAUUGAGGAAAAAUAAAGCUAUUGAUUUUCUUAAGGCAUCCCGUGUAUACUUGUAUACUCUAUACUGAAGAAAUGUAGAGUGGCCUACCCUAACUGUGCUCCAUAUUGAUGAAAAAUAAAGCUAUUGAUUUU